AUGGCUGCCCCCUCCAGGCCCCAGGGCGCCCAGGAGCGCCCUCCAUCAUCCAACCAAGAGCACAAGCAGAGCCCUAGCGUGGAUGAGGCCUCUCUCUCGGAAGAAAAGGGAAGGUCCUGGGGUGUGUUGCAGUCGGAUCUGAUUCGAAAGGCUCCCAAGAAAUGGAUCAUUCUCGCCUUUUGCGGUUUGUAUCUCAUGACCUUCAUCUUCGCCUUUGAAAGCCACACUACUACGACCUAUGCGGCAUAUGCGACCAGUAACUUCAAGGGCCACUCGCUCCUAAGCGCAUCCCGGGUGGUCAAUGCCAUUACCAUGUUGCUGACGUAUCCGAUCGUGGCCAAGCUGUCCGAUCUCUUUGGCCGCGCCCAACUCUUCGCCUUUUCCAUCUUCCUCUCAGUCAUCUCCCUGAUCCUCUUUGCCGCGUGCCAAAACAUCGAGACAUACUUUGUCGCCGGCUUCUUUGGCGCCAUCGGCAGCGUCGGCUUCGGCAUCACCCAGCAGAUCUUCAUCUCGGACGUCACGACCCUGCGCAACCGCGGCAUCUGGCUCUCCCUGCCCGACACCAUCGCCGGCAUCCCGACGCUGUACCUCGGCACCUACGUCGCCGACGCCUUCCUCGACGGGCCCGGCUGGCGCUGGGGGUACGGAAUGUGGUCCGUCGUCGAGCCCGUCUCGGCCCUGCCCCUGCUGCUCACCCUCUUCCUGCGCGAGCGGAAGGCGAAGAAGGAGCAGCGCGCGCGGUCCGGCGCCGUCGUGAGGCCCAACAACGUCCUCAGCGAGAUCCGCCCCGAAGACUCCCUGCCGACCAAGGCGUACAAGCUCCUCUGGGUCGAGCUCGACCUGCCCGGCGCAGCCCUGCUCAUCGCCGGCCUCGCGCUCGUCCUCGUCCCCGUGUCGCUGACGGGCCGCGGCAACAGCACGGCCUGGGGCAACGCGUCCUUCAUCGCCAUGGUCGUCGUCGGGUUCGUUCUCUGCGUCGCCUUCCUCGUCUGGGACGCACGGUUCGCGCGGAAGCCCUUCAUCCCCUUCAAGCUGGUGCGGCACCGCACCGUCGUCGCCGCGUGCGCCAUGUGCGUGCUCGACUUUAUGCACUACUCGCUCUUCACCGUCUUCCUGCCCAGCUACCUCCAGGUCGCGGGCCACUUUUCCGCCGGCCACGCCACGCGCAUCGACAGCAACUCCCUCCGCGUAGCCUUCCAGAUCGCCUCCCUCGUCGCCGCCCUGCUCAUGCGCUACACCAACCGCGCAAAGAUGUGGGUCCUCGCCGGCGUGCCCCUCUGCGUGCUGGGCCAGGGGCUGGAGAUCUACCUCGUCAACGUGGGCGGCACGCACCCGGCCGGCGAGGCCGCCUUCAUCGCCGCCAAGUCCCUGGUCGGCGUGGGGCGCGGGUUCUACCAGACGGCGGCGCAGGUCUGCGUGCAGGCCGUGGUGCGGCGCGACGAGGUCGCCGUCGCCACGGGCGUCUUCUUCGCGAGCAUGAACCUCGGCGGCGCCGCGGGCACGAGCGUCGCGGGCGCGGUCUGGCGCGCGAACCUGCUGCCGAAGCUGGCCGAGUACCUGCCGGCCGCGGCCAGGGGCCGGGCGGCGCAGAUCUUCGGCUCCAUCGUCGCGGCGCAGAGGUACCCCGCCGGCUCGCCGGAGCGCGCCGCCAUCGACCGCGCGUACCGCGAGACGCAGAGGCUGCUGGCGAUCGGGGCGACGUGCAUCCUCGUGCCGAUGCUGGCGGCCAUGUGGUUCGUCGAGAAUGUCGACUUGAGCAGGAAUCCCAAGGGGAUGAGCAGUGAUGAUGAGAGUGAGGGUGAGGGCGAGGGUGAAACCAAGGUGGAGAGGAAAAAUAGGGUAGAGACGGAGAAGAAAGUGCAGCUAUAA